ACGGUUGCGGAACUCAUCCUGGAGUUAAAAACUUAAAAUAUGGAGCGAAAGGGACCAGCGACUUAUAUAACGAGUUCCUCCGAAGAAAAAACUUAUAUAAAACGAGUUCGUUAUACAGGCGAGCGCCCGCCCAUUCCUGCUCCCUCCCUCCCUCGCUCCCUCGCCGCCUCCGCCGGCGAGAAUCUCCGCCCGCGACGCGACAACAGCAAGGUGUUGCGACCAGCCGCCGCGUCGCCUCGGUUGAUCCUCCGGCCACCUCCUCACUGGCAAUGGGCGCCCGCCAUAUAUUCGCCCCGGGCGCCUUCGAGAUGCCCCCCGCGCCAGCCGCCCCACCGAAUGUACUCCGUGCUCUCGCGAAUAUACUCCGCGGCGCGCAGCCGUCUCCAGGUACUAAUAGCCUCGCUCCCGGGCGGCCCCGAUGGCAGCAGGGACUCGCAUCGCCGCCGCCGCCGCCGGGACGACCGGAGCCGGAGCAGCGGCACCAGCACCCCCAUCAGCACGCCCGCGUCCAUGUACUCCGCGCUCAGCCCGGUGGACACCCACGCCGUCGCCACCGCCGCGGCGGCCAAGCUCGCAAUGGCAGAGAACGCUCCGGGCGCCGGGUCGGCCGCGAUGCCCAUCUCCCUGUCGCCGCUCCUCCCGCCGCCGCAGAUGGUGGUGGUGGCGCUCGACGCCACCCGCGACCACCGCGAGGUGGAGGUCAGGAUGUCGCUCAGGGCGCUCGUCGCGCGGGGGGACAUACUUCGCGGCGGGGACUCCCUCCUCGUGCUCGGCGUUCUCCACUCCGUCACCAAUCCGAUGGGAUACCAAACCAAAGCAUCUAGUGAUUCUUUUGCCGGGACGAGCUUGCGGUACCUAGGUGAUCAGGUUGCAAAGAAAGCUGAAUACUACAAAGACAAGCUCCUCCAGGAUGUGGAGGAGCUCCGCCAAGUGGGGAUCAGUGUGACCCUCAAAGUAUGCCCUGGAUCACCUGCAAAGGUUGUCAUUAUCCAUGAAAUCAAUUCAAGUAAAGCUGCUUGGGUUGUACUAGACAGGCACUUCAGACGAGAUUUCAAGCACUUCGAAAAGCACAUAGCCUGUAAAGUUGCAGCAUUUCAAGAUAACCUGUCAGUGCAGACCUUGAAGUCAAUUAGAACAAAUCUAUCAAGCAAAAGUAUGGGGGAGACGAAGGACCUACAAAACCUAGCAGUGUCACUUGAUCUGAGUUCCAAGACACUAGAUACUGACAAGGUCCGUGUGUCGAUCAGGUCAUCGCCUGUAAGUUACUUUGCCUCUCUAACCAAUCAUGAGAUGUACUACACCCCCAGUGUGGUUGGUAGCAGCAUGCAAGACUUCACACCGUCAAUGAGCGUCACGUCCAUCCCGGUGAUCGAUGAGACUGAAUUCAAUGCAAAAUCUAUUGAAGAUAACAUGAUCGGCCACUACGAUUCAUCAGACAGACCUGUUCUAUGUGCUGGUUGUGGGCUAAGAUCAGUUCUUUACAUCAAGGAAUCCAUGAAAUAUCCUUUCUCAGAGAUUCAAUCUGCAACAUCUGACUUCUCAAGUGAGAAUUUGGUGGGCGAGGGCGGAUUUGGGCAUGUGUACAAAGGGAAGCUCAAGGAUGGCCAGGUCAUUGCAGCUAAGCUGCGUAAAGAAGCUAGCUCGCAGGGGUAUACCGAGUUCUUCUCUGAAGUGCAAGUGCUCAGCUUUGCCCGCCAUCGGAACAUUGUCAUGUUGCUUGGGUAUUGUUGCAAAGAAAGCUACAACAUCUUGGUGUAUGAGUAUAUAUGCAACAACUCUCUUGAGUGGCAUUUAUUUGACAAGGCAGCGGGCUUACUGGAGUGGCACAAGAGGCAUGCUAUUGCCCUUGGUAUAGCAAAGGGGCUGCGCUUUCUGCAUGAAGAGUGCCGCGCCGGUCCAAUAAUUCAUCGGGAUUUGCGCCCAAGCAAUGUGCUGUUGACACAUGACUUUGUUCCUAUGCUUGGGGACUUUGGUCUUGCUAAAUGGAAGGCUGUCAAUGCUUCUAUUCAUACAAGGGUUCUGGGGCAAUCAGGGUACUUGGCGCCUGAGUAUGCUGAAUAUGGCAUAGUUUCUGUCAGAACAGAUGUGUAUGCCUUUGGGAUCGUUCUGUUCCAGCUGAUAUCGGGUCGCAAGGUGCUCGAGGAACAUGAAGGGCAGUGCACACACAUAUUGCAAUGGGUAUUCCCUUUUGUGGAUUUUUUUCCCCAACUUGCUUACAGUAUACUUGCAGCAUUCAUUUUCGCGUAUCUCUGUAAAUUUUCAGGCAGAGCCUUUGGUCGAGAGCCUUGCACUGCACGAUCUAAUCGACGAGCGCAUUGCAGAUACAUACGACACGUAUGGGCUGUAUCAUCUAGCCAGAGCAGCAUAUCUCUGUGUCAGGACAAACCCGGAGCAGCGGCCUUCUAUGGGGGAGGUUGUCCGUCUUAUCGAGACGGAGAAUGAACAUAUCAGGGAUUUGUCCCGACAAUUCAUCCCACAUUUUACAAAGUAAAAGAAAAAUGAGACCCUACGGAGGCGCAGCCCCGUGGACGAUACAUUAAUGUAGAGCCCAGCUGGGUGAGAUACCUGAAGUUCGUCCAGAAUCGAACUCGGGUCAGCUAGGAUGCGACGACCUUGCCACUCACAUUGUACGAAGUGAAGGAACGGUAUUAGGAUGCCCUGUAUCCUGAUUUCAUCGCUGAAGUUUCUAUGAUGCUCGCAGAGGGAUAUCUCCAGUUCUCCCGGUGAAAUCGCAACAAAUAUGUUACUGUCUGCUCCCCUGUUUUCUCCUUUCUCCUCCCCUUCUGUUUUGUUCUUCCACGCAUAAAAUGGUGUGUACAUAGGGAACGAGUAGUUCCCUCUCUUUUUUUCUGCCUUAUAUCUUUGUAAAUGAAAUGCCGUUCUACCCGGGUUACAUUUCUGAGUUUUUGUUCCCUGGCCCUCAUCUUUGCUACUGUUCGUCUGUUCUGCUGCGUGUUUGUCGCUGUUGAAGAGUCUUGAUAUGCAGGAUGCAGGACGAGCCCUCGCGCCGCGAACUUUCUUCCGUUGAAGCGCUUUCUCAGCCUGGGUCACAGAAAGAAGGAGAAAAAAAAAAUCUGUUCCAGCAUCUACUGAC